UUCAGUCGAGGUCCAAUGAAUGAACGGGGUGUUGUAUGUAGAGAGAGCACAGUAGCCUAACCUAAUAAAUCGAAGCACCACUUUAUCUCGAGCAAGACUGAGUGUCAUCAUUCUCACUGUCUCACCGUCUCCUGUGUACGUGCGUAUAUCUCCAGGGAACAAAGGUUUCCAAAAUGACUAAGCGCAAAUCAAAGACUGCCGCCAACUUAAAUCCGGAGCACGAGGACAACUCUUUCUUAAUAGAAUCCCAUCCAGUGUCCAAGUCGCGAGGAAGAGUAAAUCAAGUUGCGCUGCCAUGCAUGUUGUUCCUUAUUGUCGGGAUUGGAGGGGCCGCCUGGGGCUGGUUUUGCCUGCAACAGCAACAAUCCAUUGAUCAGCUAUCAGAAACGUUUAGUGCCAUGCAAAUAAGAAUCACCAAGUUCCAGCAGCAGAUGGGGUUGAGAGAUACACAGAUGCGCACAGGAGGUCUGAUCGAGGAGAGGAUACUGGCUUUGGAGGCAGCUCAGAAACAGGCCCAGCAGAAGGUGGAGAUUACCCUGGCAACGUCAGAGCAGUUGAAGAGCAUCGACCUCAAAUCCCAGGUGUGGGCGCUCCACAAUGAGAUGAACACCAGGCUGGCUGAGUUCCAGCAGGUAGCCGUCUCCUCCGCAGCCCUGCAGGCCAUGAUAAAGAACAAGAGCAACGACUUGGAGUCGGUCAAGGAGAGCGUGGCGGCCAUUUCGAGCUCCAACUCGGCGCUAGCGGUGAGCGUGUCGGGGCUCACCAGCAUGGUGGACAACAUCAAAUCCAGGCUGGACAAGCAGGUGUCCACGGUGGACGGCUUGCCGUCACAGCUGGAGGGACAGGUCACUGAGCAGAGGGAACUAAGAGAGUUUCUGAGUCUUCACAGGGUAGUGCUACAUAACAACCACCAGGAAGUGGGUGAAAUCAAGGAGUUGCUGGAGGCAUGGCAGGCCAAGAAGGCCUGGGCUCUGGAGCAGCAGCUGCAGUUAGUGACCAGGACCCUGGAUGAGCAGCACAUCAGCUCCCAGCGCCUGCACUCCCACCUCAAGAAGCAGCUGGAGGCUGUCCACAGCCAGCUGGUGAAUGGUGGUCCACUCAGCCAAGAGGAAGUAGACUCAGAGGCUGAAGAGGCCUCGGAAAUGGCGGAAGAGGAGCAGGAGGUAACAGAGGAAGAACCUGCUCAGGAGGAGGUAGAGGAGGACGUUACUGAGGAGGCAGUGGAACAGGAAGCUGAAGAUGGGGUCGUUACUGAGGAGGCAGUGGAACAGGACGCUGAGGAGGAGGGUGUUACUGAGGAAGAGAUGGAACAGGAAGCUGAGGAGGAGGACGUUACUGAGGGAGCAGUGAAACAGGAAGCUGAGGAGGAGGAAGUUACUGAGGAAGCAGUGGAACAGGAAGCUGAAGAGGAGGAAAUGGAGCAGGAGGAGUCAGUGAAAGAGGAAGUGACCGAAGAGCCAGAAGAAUGGCUAGUUGCCGUGGAGUCAUUGGAAGACGGUGUCACAGAAGAGCAACUGGAGGAGGAGGAGGAACAGCCAAAGGAAGAGCCAGAGGAAGAGGAGGAGGAGAUUGGGGAGGAGGAGGAGGAGGAGCAGCCAAAGGAAGAGCCAGAGGAAGAGGAGGAGGAGAUUGAUGAUGACGAUGACUUCCCAGAGGACUGGUCUCCUGAGGAGCAAUGGUAGGAGGAGGAGAAGGUUUAGGCACUUGUUGCUGACUCUGGUAUGGCUAGAGCAGACAUUUUUGCAAUUGAAACUUUACUGUAUUGAAAGAAAUGGAGGGCACUCAAUCAACAUGAGGCGUGGUGCAACAACAAAAAUGUGAUCAUCAUUGAAAAGGGCGCAACACCAUUAAAAACAUAUUAUUUUAUUUAAGCAACUAUUAAAAGCCUGACAAAAUUAAGACAUAGGGGCUUAUAUGUACAUGUCCAUUCCCUCUGUAUAACAUUUCUGAUGAAAGUCAUUGAUGAAGGCCGAAAUGUCAAGUUUUUAAUAGUUGCUUGAAUAACAUAAUAAUACAGUAUGUCUUUAAUGGUGAGCAAGCGAACGUUUCCUUUUUAAUUAAUCACACUUUACUUCAUUGCCAAAAAUAAAAUUACAUUUGACUAAAAUGGUGAGGUCUUAUGGAAAUAUUGAAGAUAUAUUUCUAAAGAGAAAGACACAUGCUUAUGGAGGAUCCAGGCCUCAAGACCCACACCCACGGGAAUACUUCUGUUAAAAAUAAAGACUGUGUCAGUGCCAACUGUUAACAGUAGUCUGUACCUAAGGAAGCAGUCUGAGGUUUUCACUUCUCUUCUUAUAUAUGAAUUUCGGACAUCAGUUUUUAAGAUGAGGGACAAAAGCUACUUUCCCAUUUGUUGGCAAACCCACAGAAGGUCCAAACACUUACCAGCUUGGUUAUGAACUUAUUUGAUAAUGUUUCAGUUGUAAAGGUCCUUACUAAAAAGUUGUCAAUCAAAAUGUGUGUGAUUAUUUGGUUUUGAUUGAUAUAAAUACAUUUUCUUAACUGUCCAUAUUAUUGACCUAGCCUACAUGCAGUAGCUGGUAUUAUUUAAAGAUCUAUGGGACCUCUUUUUAUUUCUGAAAAAAAUCAUCAUGUUAUAGAUGUGACAUUUUCAAACCUGCAAAGUGCAUCGCAAAUGUCAUUGAUGUACUUUUGUAAUAAAAAAGUUUCUACAUUUUUCUUUA